AUGGAAGAAACGAUCCGUCAAGAUACACUUUUCAGAAAGAGAUUCUUCAGACCUCAGAGCGAGGAUUUCAGCGAGGAUGAUCUAGAGUUGCACGAAGAUGGUUGGAACUAUGCCAACGAUGUCCUUGGGACUGCGAAUUGGAUCCAAGCCCACCCAAGUGCCGCUCACGAACUGCUCGCUGCUAUUCAAGGAUAUGUUGUGAACAACAUGGAUGUUCCGAAAAUGCCUCAACCCUGGCCGGAUUUCUCACAAGUCAGAUUGCUGGCCGAAGCUAAAAAGGGAGAUGAUGAAUAUUGGGGACGAAAACUCUUGAACAUAGGUACUCCAGAUCCGAGCAAAGGUCUUGCUGUCUAA